GUGACUUUUGAUGAUGUGCAUGUGAACUUCACUGAGGAAGAGUGGAAUUUGCUGGAUCCUUCCCAGAAGAAUCUCUACAAAGAAGUGAUGUUGGAAACGUACCUGAACCUCAAAGCUAUCGGCUAUAAUUGGGAAGACCAUCACCUUGAAGAACAUUUUCAAAGUAGUACAAGACAUGAAAGGCAUGUAAGAAGUCAUAGUGGAGACAAACCCUAUGAGUUUAAUCAAUGUGGUAAAGCCUUUGCACAGUGCAGUAAUUUCCAAUAUCAUAAAAGAACACAUACUAUAGAAAAACCGUAUGAAUGUAAUCUGUGUGGUAAAGCCUUUGCAAGAGCCAGUUAUCUACAAAUUCAUAAAAGAACACAUACUGGAGAGAAACCUUAUGAAUGUAAUCAGUGUGGUAAAGCCUUUGCAAGUCACAGUGAUCUCCAAAGACAUAAAAGAACACAUACUGGAGAGAAACCUUAUGAAUGUAAUCAAUGUGGUAAAGCCUUUGCACAGCACAGUGAUCUCCAAAUACAUAAAAGAACACAUACUGGAGAGAAACCUUAUGAAUGUAAUCAGUGUGGUAAAGCCUUUGCACAGCACAGUGUUCUCAAAAGACAUAAACUGACACAUACUGGAGAGAAACCUUAUGAAUGUAAUCAAUGUGGUAAAGCCUUUGCACAGCACAGUGGUCUCCAAAGACAUAAAAGAUCACAUACUGGAGAGAAACCUUAUGAAUGUAACCAAUGUGGUAAAGUCUUUGCAAGAACCAGUCAUCUCCAAUAUCAUAAAAGAACACAUACUGGAGAGAAACCUUAUGAAUGUAACCAAUGUGGUAAAGCAUUUGCAAGACACAGUCAUCUCCAAUAUCAUAAAAGAACGCAUACUGGAGAGAAACCUUAUGAAUGUAAUCAAUGUGGUAAAGCCUUUGCACAGAGCAGUCAUCUCCAAAGACAUAAAAGAACACAUACUGGAGAGAAACCUUAUGAAUGUAAACAAUGUAGUAAAGCCUUUUCAUGUCACACUAAUCUCGAAAGCCAUAAGAGAACACAUACUCAAGAGAAAACUUACGAAUAUAAUCAAUGUGGUAUAACCUAUUCAUUUCCACUAUGA